UUUGACUCUCUAUUUAAACAUUGAGUUUGAGAUUUGAUUUCCUCUUAAUUGAAUUGCAUUGAAAGCCUUCACUUCUAACUCUCCCUCACAUUCAAUACUAUUCACACUUUUUUGCCAAUUAAUACUGAACUGUAUUUUCAGGUGUUUUUUUACAAAUAAUAGUCUUUUUGUUAAUAAUAAUUGCAAACAUUUAUUCCUUGGCUUGACUUUGAUUUCACAAUAGAGUCUGAUAUAUACCAGAAAGAGACGACUAAACCGAUCGCAAUCAGAGCCGAGAUGAGAGACCAGGCGUACGAUAUCUGCCGCAAGUUCUUGAGCGGGGAGUGGAAUAAGAUAUCCAGCAAUGAUAUGGUCUUCAAGACAGUCAGCGGAGGACUCAGUAAUUAUCUGUAUUACUGUUCGCUGCCGUCGACUCACACACCGCUGAAUGGCGAGCCGAGUCAAGUGCUGCUCCGUAUGUACGGCCAACUCCUCGACGGAAACGAUACUAAAGUAACCGAUUCUGUAAUAACAAUGUUAUUGUCUGAACGAAACUUAGGGCCAAAACUGUACGGAAUAUUUCCCGGCGGACGACUCGAAGAAUACAUUCCCGCUCGAGCGAUGUAUUGCUCAGAACUAAAGAUCCCGACCUAUUCCGAGGCCAUCGCCAGAAAGUUGGCCACUGUUCACGUGCUGGACGUACCCAUCAAUAAGGAGCCCACGUGGCUCUACGAGACGUUUGACCAAUGGCUGCACUCUGUGCUCAAUCCGGACACCAAUACCAGCGGACAGACGCCGAACCCUGAAAUUGAGGCCAAAUUGUUGUCGUUUGACUUCACAACUGAGAUAAGAUGGUUGAAACAACUGUUGGCCAGUUGUGAUUCGCCGACAGUCUUCUCCCACAACGACCUCCAAGAGGGCAAUAUAUUGCUUCCGGAGAGCUCUUCCGUCGAGUCGUUUGACGACCGAAUCGUAUUCAUUGACUUCGAGUUCUGUGCCUAUAAUUAUCGGGGCUUUGAUUUGGGGAACCAUUUCUGCGAACGUAUGUUUGAUUACUCGAACCCAGAGUUCCCGCACUACUACUCAUAUAUGGAUGCCUUCCCGGAGGACUCCGAGAAACGGCUGUUCGUCAGAGAAUAUAUGAGAAAUUCAAAGGAUUUGACGAAUGAUAAGCAAACCGAAGACCAACUGCUCAAAGAGGCCGACUAUUUCGCGCUCGCGUCACACUUACUGUGGACUCUGUGGAGCAUUAAUAACGCCCGCACUUCCAAAAUAGAGUUCGGAUAUUGGGAAUACGGAUUGACACGACUUACCGCUUAUGGAAACCACAAGAAACAGGUGCUGAGGAAGUACUCGACCAACACUUACAACAAUAUCCUGUAGAAUAUAUAGCGGCUAAUGAUUAGUAGAUUAGAGAAGAAUUUUCUAUAAAAUUGUUGACAAAUGGAUUAUUUUUUACAAGAAAUUUCUUUUAAUAGAAAUGUUACUCUUUUUUUGUAAAGACAAAACCUCGUCAAAAAAAAUGUACUCAAUUUUAUCGGUACUUAUUGUUAAACUCUAUUCAAUGAUUAUUUUGUAAUUUUAAUGAGUUUUAUGGCUUUGAUAUUAUUUGAUACUUGAAGUCAUGUAUGGAUUGUGUGAUUUCAUUGUUACGGCAAUACUUGUUGUGAACCAUUAAUUAUUUUUCAUGUAAUUUUAUUUUCCGUUCAUUGAAAUCAGAUAUUAAUUUAUUUUUUACCAAUUAUUUACUCUAUUUUUUCAGAUUUAUCCCUAUUUUACAGUCAAAUGAUUGAUAUGUUUUUAAAUAUUUAUUGACAUACUUUCCAUUUUAUGUACGAAACUCUUAAUUCAUUUGUUAAAUGAUUAUAUUUUUAACCGUUCAGUCGGACAGACACGGAGUGCCUUUGCAAUGAAGUUUGAAUGUAAUGUUAUGUCACAAAAGCAAUUGUAUUUAAUUGUCGAUCAAAUAGUGAUUUAAAGUGUCGACUAAUUCUCUAUUUAAAUCUCGAAAUAAAGUUAAUUCUAUUCAA